CCACCCCCCCCCGCCCCAGCAGCACUUGCCCAUCUCCUCUGCUCAGUCCAGCCUGCCUGUGCCUCAUCGUGCGUGUAGUAGCACCGUUAGGCAGAUUCAGCUCUGCAGGCAAUAGCGGCCGCUGCUGCCGCCGCCGCCCCCUCCUCCUUCUCCUUCUCACUGCCACCGCCGCUGCAGCGACAGGGACCCAGCACUAUGGCUUCUGGAGUAACAGUGAAUGAUGAAGUUAUCAAGGUUUUUAAUGACAUGAAAGUACGGAAAUCUUCAACGCCAGAAGAGAUUAAAAAAAGAAAGAAAGCAGUUCUCUUCUGCUUAAGUGAUGACAAAAGACAAAUAAUUGUAGAAGCAGCAAAGCAGAUAUUAGUUGGUGACAUUGGUGACACAGUGGAGGACCCCUAUACAUCCUUUGUGAAGCUGUUACCUCUGAAUGAUUGCAGAUAUGCUUUGUAUGAUGCAACAUAUGAAACAAAGGAAUCUAAAAAAGAAGAUCUGGUAUUUAUAUUCUGGGCUCCAGAAAGUGCCCCUUUAAAAAGCAAGAUGAUCUACGCAAGCUCUAAAGAUGCCAUUAAAAAGAAAUUCACAGGUAUUAAACAUGAGUGGCAAGUAAACGGUUUGGAUGAUAUUAAAGAUCGUUCAACAUUGGGAGAUAAACUAGGAGGCAACGUGGUAGUUUCACUUGAAGGAAAACCCUUAUAAAAAGGACAGACAAGUGCCAUCUGGAGCUUCCAUUUCUGCAGCUCAUUCAAUUGGAAUAGCAUUAGCCCCUUUUGCCCCACCUUCCUGGACCCCACAAACCUGAAGGAGAUGUCAUUAAAUUAAGCAGCCUACAAAUGACCACCAUUAGACUGUUUUUAAACCCAAUAGUUUUAUGUAGAACCCAAGGAAUGUCUUCAUAUCAUAGUCUUAGCCAAAACUAAUGAUGUGGGCAUUUCUUGCAAAUGUGUACAAUGAAUGUGAUAGUUGAUGUGGAUAGUCUAGCCAAGCAACAAAAGGUUUAAGCUAAUUGACUGCCUUUAAGGUAUUGUCCAAUGGUCAGAUGAUAGACUUUAUUCAGUAUUACUUACAGUUGCACUUGGUUGCAGUUCCAUGAGGCUCUUCUGCAUUUCAUAAACCUCACCUGCCUUGACAAGCCUAUUUUUUGUGACAUGGCAACACACAACACUAUGCAUUUAAAGCACUUUUUUUUUUUGGUAAUAUGUCUGAUUCUCCCUUCUAUCCCCCAGGAAUGCCAAUUAAGUUUCUGUAAUGGUCAUCCAACUGUUGUAGUAUCUUACGUCUUCAUUCCUGUUACCUGCAUAUCUUUAUAAAUGAAGUAGCUGUUAAUGCCUUUUUGUUUUUCCAUUGAAUGUACACUACUGAACAGGAGAAGGAACUAUCUGUUUACCAUGCAAGUCUUGCAACACUAAAGAUGUUUUGUAAAACAUCAGUCAUAAUGGCAAUUUCUGUAUAAAAAGAGCCUUAAAUGGAAUGCUGUUUUUGAGAUCAAAUAUAUUGGCCACGUUGCAAUAAAACUUGUGGCUUAUUAUGGAA